CUGUUCUCCGUCACUCUGUUUCACUUCUGGCUGUGCAGGAACAUGCAGUGGCUCUUCAUCCUCACUGUCCUUGUCAUCACCUACAUACAACAGUUUUUUUGUAGGGCACAAGGUAACAGUCAACUGCAAGUGAAGGCUGGGGAAAAGUCUGAAGAAGCCGGUGAGGUACAUCAGCGUAAAGUGUUUUGUCACUGGCCAUGCAGAUGCCCACCCAAGCCAACCUGCACCCUUGGCAUGAGCUUGGUAAAGGAUGGAUGUGGCUGCUGUCAGAUCUGUGCCAAGCAGUCAGGAGAGAUAUGUAAUGAAGCAGAUAUCUGUGAUCCUCACAAAGGGUUAUACUGCGACUACUCUGCAGACAGACCUAGGUAUGAAACAGGAGUAUGUGCAUAUAUGAUAGCUGUAGGAUGCGAGCUCAAUGGAGUGCAUUAUCCUAAUGGGCAAGCUUUCCAACCCUCCCCUCUUUAUAAGUGUCUGUGUGUCAGUGGUGCAAUUGGAUGCACCCCCGUAUUCACUCCCAAAUCAGCUGUAAGUCCAUGCACCACAGUCAAAGGGAAAAAAAAGUUUGGACCUUCCACCUGUGGCCCUGGACAACAGAAGCAGCUACAAUCAACAGGUUACAGAUUAAUGCCAGCUUACAAGAGUCUACCACUUGUUUUAAAGAAGAAGUGCUUAAUACAGGCAACUCCUUGGACCCCUUGUUCUAAAACCUGUGGUAUAGGCAUCUCCAAUAGAGUGACCAACGAAAACAGUAAAUGUGAAAUGAGAAAAGAAGACAGGCUGUGUUUCAUUCAACCUUGUCAGACCAAUAUACUGAAAACUGUAAAGAUUCCAAGAGGAGAAACCUGUCAACCAACAUUCCAGCUUUCCAAAGCAGAGAAGCUAGCCUUUUCUGGAUGCUCAAGCACACAAAGCUACAGACUUACUUUCUGUGGUGUGUGCCUGGACAAGAGAUGUUGCACACCUAACAAGUCCAAGAUGAUCACUGUACAGUUUGAUUGCCCUAAUGAAGGUUCCUUUAUGUGGAAGAUGAUGUGGAUCACAUCCUGUGUUUGUCAGAGGAUGUGCAGUGAUCCAGGAGAUAUAUUUUCUGAACUCAAGCUUUUACAGUAAGUUACACCACAGCACCGUACUGCAAAGUUGGAAGCACAGUCACAGCUUGGAGUGUUAGCUAAAGGGGCAACCUUUCCACUAAAACUAACUUUUGAACUGUUCAUCAUUCUUUUGCUAAGGGUUAUUUGGAAACAUAUACGUAAAGCCAGGCAUUAAAAAGACUUAAAUGUAUCCAACACUGAAACCAUUAUAGAGUGGUAUCUUUUUGUCAUUUUCUUAUGCAGAAAGGAGUGCUACAUUGAGCUGUUUAAUACAGAAAACAGAAAAAGCUCAUAUAAUCAGGUGUCUUGCUCCAUGGCUAAAAGAAUGUGUAAGUUUAAAUUAAAGAAACAGCCAAGUAACCUACUAGAAAAAGGAAUUUUAACUUGUUGCAACAAUUCUUUUUCAUUCUGGAUUCACAAGACAGAUAUUUUUACAGU